UCUCUCUCUCUAUCUCUACAACACUCCUCCUUUCUCUCUCUAGAGCGCGUCAGUAUGUUUUUAUUGACGCCAUUGAAAUUGAGAUAAAUCGGGUUGAAUCGGAUUGAACGAAAACCACAUAUCACAUAACUUGGAUUCCAACUUUUUCUUUCUUCCUACCUCUCAAUCUUCCCAAGGGUCAGUUUAAAGUUAUGGCCUUUAUUCAAAUCGUGCUCUUCCUCAGAUCUUAGUGUUUCGUUGACGAGAUUUUAGCAUCUGGGUUUUUUUUUUUGAAUCUGAUUGAGCAAAAUGCAAUCAGACAGUGGAAAGCUCUUCAUCGGCGGGAUAUCGUGGGACACCGAUGAGGAACGUCUCAAGGAGUAUUUCAGCAGCUUUGGUGAAGUCAUCGAAGCUGUGAUCUUGAAAGAUCGCACCACUGGUCGUGCACGUGGCUUCGGCUUUGUAGUCUUCGCUGAUCCAGCUGUUGCCGAGACUGUUAUAACGGAAAAACAUAACAUUGAUGGAAGAUUGGUUGAAGCCAAGAAGGCUGUUCCUAGAGACGACCAAAACACAGUAACAAGAAGCAACAGCAGUAGCCUCCAAGGAUCACCAGGAGGUCGGACAAGAAAGAUCUUUGUUGGAGGGUUACCUUCUUCUAUCACAGAGAGCGACUUCAAAACCUAUUUUGAGCAGUUUGGGACGACUACCGACGUGGUUGUUAUGUAUGACCACAACACGCAAAGGCCUAGAGGCUUCGGAUUCAUUACUUAUGACUCCGAGGAGGCCGUUGAGAAAGUGCUGCUCAAGACGUUCCAUGAACUCAACGGUAAAAUGGUCGAGGUCAAGCGAGCUGUUCCUAAGGAGUUGUCUCCGAGUCCAGCUCGCAGCAGCCCGCUCGGUGCUGGCUACGGCUAUGGGGUUAGUAGAGUCAACAACCUCCUUAAUGGAUAUGCUCAAGGGUUUAGCCCCGGAGGCUAUGGGCUUAGGAUGGAUGGUAGGUUUAGUCCCAUUGGUGCUGGGAGAAGCGGGUUUGCGAGUUUCGGUGGGUCUGGGUAUGGGCAGGGGUUGCCCGCAGGGUUCACUGGAGGAUCAAGUUUCAAUGGGAGCGUAGACUAUGGGAGAGGGAUGAGCCCUUACUAUAUUGGUAACACGAACCGGUUUGGUUAUGAAGGAGGCAGUGGAGGAGGGGGGAACUCGUCUUUCUUCAGUUCGAAUCUUUGGGGAAACAAUGGGGGUCGUAGCUAUAACAACAACGCUGCAAACUCUAACUCCAAUACAUACAUGGGAGGAGGAUCAACGAGUGGGAACAACACACUUAACGGUCCAUUUGGUAACUGGGGUGCUCCUGGAGGAGGGAACAGUGGUGUUGGUAACGAGAAUUUGAACUUUGGUUAUGGAGGAAACGGUGAAUCUGGUUUUGGGUUGGGAGGAGCAAGGAACAUAGGGCCUCCUAGCAAGGCAGCACCAUCGUCUUCAUUCUCUUCUGCCUCGGCGGGUUAUGAUGGAGCAGGACUUGCAGAGUUUUAUGGGAAUGGUGCGGUUUAUAGUGAUCCCACGUGGAGAUCAUCAGCUCCUGAGACAGAAGGGCCUGCUUCUUUUAGCUAUGGGAUUGGAGGAGGAGGAGGAGGUCCUUCUUCGGAUGUUUCAGCUAGAAGUUCAUCUCCAGGUUAUGUUGGUAGUUACAGUGUGAACAAGAGACAACCAAACAGAGGAAUUGCUACUUAGAACACUCGUUUUUGUUUUACCACGGUGUUGUAGGCGAGCCAUCAGAGUGAACGAUCUGUGUAUCUUUUGGCGAAUCUUUUAGAUUAUCUUCUCCUUUCAUACAAAAGCCUAUGAGGACAAAACUUGAUCACAUCAUCAGCUAGAGCUUAACCAGAAAAAUCCCUCAUGGUUUGGUUUUCUAAAUUCAUUGCUAGGCUUCUUUUCUAUUUAUUUUUUUUUCUUUCAAUGAGGGACAGAAGAAACUGUAUCAGUCUCCGGCCAGGCGGGGUAAUACAUAAGAAGAGUUCAAAACAAACUCCUUCCUUAGUUUCUUUAUCGUCAAUGUAAUGGUUCUUCUUUUUCUUGGGGUUAUGUCUUAAGGUUUGUGUUUUGAGGCAGCUUGUACUAGAGGUUAUAAGUUUCUUGACAUUUUAAGGUCUUUUUUGGUUUUGUUAGUGUGGGAUAUUGGGAAGAGGAUUUGGCCAUGUAGGGCUUUUGAGAAUAAGUGUUUCUAUCACUA